AUGAAGGUGGAAGAAGAUGAAGAAGAAGAAGAAGAAGAAGCAAGAUCAGACUGUAGGUACGAACAUCUAUUGUCUUUUAUAGUUGUUCGUGUGAGUUUGCUUUUGAUUCAUUACGGAAUCAACACAAACGUCAGAAAUGGAUUCACCAUCAUCAAAGCAUUUGUAUUUUAUUUCAGAAAGCAACAGCCACCAAACACCUCCUUCUCCUUUCUAAAUUGUGAACCUAGUAUAGAAGUCACCUCCUCGGAUGCAAAAUGGGCUGAAUAUGAUAUUGAAGAUGAACACACCGUGUCUGACCAUAAAGAAAGACGGAAAUGGUCUCCAACUGAAGAUAUUGUGCUCAUCAGUGCUUGGCUUAACACCUCCAAAGAUCCGGUGGUGGGGAAUGAGCAGAAAGCAAUCGCGUUUUGGAAACAGAUUGCAGGCUAUUUUGCAUCAUGUCCAAAGGUUGCUGCUAGGAAACAGAAGUCCAGUGGGCAGAGUGAGGAUGGUGUAUUAAAAAUGGCUCAUGAAAUAUUCUUCAAUGACUUCAAGGUCAAGUUUACCCUCGAGCAUGCUUGGUUAAAACUUCGCCAUGAUCAGAAAUGGUGUGGUGCUUCAGAGACUAAAGACAAGGUAAGCUCAAAAAGAAGAAAAUUGAAUGAUCAGUCCCAACAGUCAGCGUCUUCUGUGCCAGGGUGCGAUGGUGAGGAUGAAGCAUCGGCUCGGCCCAUUGGUGUCAAAGCAGCAAAGGGCAAAGGUAAAAGCAAGGCAAAGACUUCGGACGAGGCAGUGGAUGGGAAGAUUAUUGACAAAUUUUACAUGAAUCCUCGUACCGAAAACAUGGAGAGCUAUGAAAAGCUUUGCCAUGAAAGAGCAAGCAAGUAUAUGUGCAAAAAUAACAGGGACCAGGUCAUUGAUAAUGCCACAGGAAUGCAUAUGAGGCCAACACCGGGAACUAUAACCCCCACAGGCUUUCUUGAAAAGAAGAAGGUGGCAAACAAGACAUCAGAAAUGAAGAGAACAAGAAGGGGACGGAGAGAGAUGGAGGAAGUCAUGUUUAAUCUAUUUGAAGGACACUCGAAUUGGACUCUCAGGCUACUCAUUCAGGAAACUGACCAACCAGAGCAAUUCUUGAAAGACUUGCUUAGAGAUCUUUGUAUUUACAACAACAAAGGAAGCAACCAAGGAACUUAUGAGCUGAAGCCUGAUUACAAGAAAGCCACACAUGAAUAGAAAUUAUCUCUCUCUUUCUUUGGCUUUUUCUCAGCUCACGUCCAACUCUAGUUGUACCGAUUAAUAUGAUAUAAUUCACUUUGGAUCCAACUGGUAAAACCCGUAUGUA